UUCAGUUACAGAGAAAUCUGCUUCCAAUUCUUUCUCACUGUUUUUCCAUGCAACCAUCGUAACCAUGUUUCCGUAGCAGUAAUCAGCAUGGAAGGGUUACUUAUAUCGAUUUAUGCUUAAGUAUACUAAAUCGUCUGUUCUGAUCAUGUUCCCUGAAUUUUUUAUACACUGGAACUUGCGUAUAAUGAAGGAUAGUAGAGAAGAUACUUUGCAAAAAAGAUUGCUUCGAUUUGUUGCCUAAUUCAUUCUUAAAGCCCGAUCUACAAUAUGCUUUUGGUUUUUGUUUUCUGUCUUUUUGCCUUUGGCAUAUUUUUAAAGGCAUAUUUUUCUUCGGAAAUUAAAAAAGGAGAAUUGUGAAUCACGAGGUUUCUUGAUUCCAUGCGACACAUAAAAAGCAAAAAUACGAAAGACAGAGAGCAAGAAACAAUACGCAAGAAGCACAUUGUAGAUCAGGCCUAAUACUUCUUAAUUCAAAGUAUCAAUUUAUAAUGUGAUUAUGUCGUAUCUGCAAUAAAUAAUUUGAUUUGGUAAAUAAAUGACGAGUUUUCCGAAGACACAGAAGUGUCUUCCAGUUUGUCCCCUCGUUUGUGUCAUUAUGCAAGCAUAACUUUCCACGAGGAGCGCAUUGCACUCGCCACUUUGUCAGCAAUUUCCAAGCGAUAUUACAUGUUGUCGUCACUCGGCAAAGUCUCCUCGUUAUUUCUCCAUCCAUCUAUCCAUGGCUAUUCUAGAAAACAACCCUCAAACACAUCAAAAGCGAGCGACAAUCGACGUUUUGCUGCUUUGCUACCGCGCGUAUACUCGUCGCAUACGCAAACUGCUCUACCUUGGUGGUGUUUUGCAUGAUCGAAAACGUUCCGCAGUCUGGUCAUACAUCAUGAGCUUUAUCGUAAUCUUCAUGUGCUUCGGUCAGUGUAUCUUCAUGAUAAACUUCUGCCGGGACCAUACUGAUAAUCUGGUGCUUCUGUCGAAAAUCUUCGGCUUGACCUGUAGCUUCAUCGCGCCCGUCUUAAUGUCAGCUUGCUUCUUAGUGAAACGCAAAAAGCUGAUAGAGCUUCACGAGACGCUAAAUGAUCUCUUCGAGCAAGAACUGGCAAGCGAUCGGGAAAAUAAGAACGUGCUCGCCACUUUGCACGCUUUUGACAGACCGUCUUAUCUGCUAUGCUUCAUAUUAGGAUCGACAACCCUGUUUUAUGUGUGUCCAUCAAUGAUAUUUAUAGUGCGCCAGAUCGUUCAGCACAGCGAGUCCAAGAUAUACAAAUUACCGAUACCGGUAAAACUUCCUUGGCUCGCUCCGAUUAAUGGUGGUCCCGUCUUCUAUUUGCUAUGCCUGUAUCAGUAUUUCACUUGCUGGUGGAUGAUUUUCACCAUUGGCAGCGUCGACAGCCUCUUCGGCUUCUACGCGUUUCAAAUAUCUGCGAUACUGCGAGCCAUGUCCAUCAGACUUGCAAAUCCACGACCUAAUGAGGUGUUCUCUAAAGUUUUGGGAACGUGCGUGGAGACGCAUCACCGGAUAGAACGAUGCGGACGUAUGCUGGAGGAUGUUUGGGGAUUGAUAAUUCUGCGGGUGAUCAUCGCCAACGCCAUACUUAUGUGCGCGUUGAUCUUCGAAGUAAGCCCGUUUACAGAUUUGACAAUCAAUCAAAUCUUUUCAUUUAUCUCUUAUAUGGCAUUAAAGUUGCUGCAAACGUUUAUAUAUGCUUGGUACGGUAGUCUCAUCACAAGUGCAAGUGAACAUUUUCGUGAAGGAAUAUAUUUUAGCAACUGGCCAGAUUCUAAACUCGACCGUCACAUGAGAGCGAACAUUAUUUUGGCAAUGAUGCAGAAACCAUUGACUAUAAGAGCAUUAAAAGUGUCUCAUGUAAAUGUUAACAUGUUUACCAAUAUCCUAAACACUGCUAUGUCCUAUUUCUUUCUGUUGCAAUCCUUGGACGAAGGUGGAUAGAGGAGGACGUCGCGCAUCGA